AUGUCGACGCAAGCAGAGCAACUACUCGCCCAGUAUGGAGGCCACAUUGUUCCUCGUUCCUUCAACAGCGGCUUUGUCGUCAUCAGCUACCUGGUCUCCUUCAUCGGUGCCGCAUGCACCCUCGAGCUGAUCAACCGGCGGACGUCCAAGAAUGGCUUGUACAACCACCUCAUCCUGUUUGGCUCUGCCGUCACUAUGGGAGGAAUCGCCAUCUGGUGUAUGCACUUCAUCGGCAACAGAGCUAUCGAACUUGGCAACGGCGAGCCUGAGCUACACAUCUCGUACUCUCCGACAUUCACGGCUCUCUCUUUCUUCAUCCCGAUCGUGGUGCUCCUGGUAGCAUUUGUGGCUAUCGGUGCCAACAACACCAUCUCUUGGUGGCGGACACCAGUCGGAGGCAUUUUGGCUGGGGGUGCCAUCUGUGGCAUGCACUACGUCGGCAAUUCGUCCAUCGCCAAUUAUCACUGUGUCUACCAGCCUGGAAAUGUCGUUGGAGCAGCCGUCAUAUCAGUGCUUGCCAGUACUGUAGCCUUGACGCUCUUCUUCGUCUCUCGAGCCUCGUGGACGAACUCAUGGUGGAAGCGCAUGAUUUCCGGGGUUGUACUCGCAGGUGCUGUCUCUGGCAUGCACUGGUGCGCCUCGGUUGGAACAAAUUACGAGCUCAUUGCCCUGGCGGAUACGAAUGCCCAGCAGUCCCGAACCACCACCGUCAUCGUGGUCAUCUGCCUCUCAGUCGGUGCCGCCAUAGUCAUUGCGUGUACAGCAGUCUAUACAACGCGCGUCAUGAGGCGGUAUGCUGUCAAGGCGCAGCAAAUCGUCCUCGCUGCUGCUGUGUUUGACCGCUCUGGGCGUAUCAUGGUCAACCCUGACGGUCUACUCCCCAGCGAGAAGAUAACCGACACUUACGUGGAGAGGACCACCAGCGACAGCUUUAGUAUCGGGAAUCCCCUGUUCCACUGGAUGUUUCAGGCUUCCCGCAACUGGCAUGGGUUGCAGAGCAUCAUCCAUGGCAUGGCCAAGCACAUACAGCAGCUCCCGAAGAGCGACCGUGAUCACAAAGUGCGACUGAUCGACGAAAGCGGUCACCAGAUUGAGAACUACGGCAUCAUUUUCAAAGAGCUUUUCUGUGUCGCUGCCAUGAACUUGGCAGACAAGAUGAAGGAAAAGCUUACAGACAUUGGGAUUCUUUGGGACGAGAUAAUGCCGACUGGCUCCUCCCCACGCCGGCGCCGCGGGGACACUGGCGACAUUCUUGAGGCGGAGAAGUCGGGCGACCUGAUCGAGAAGGGUGAGAGCUGGGCCUUCUCACAGCAUCAGCAUUAUGCUCGCGGCUCUCUCAUGUUCUUGGUGCGUCGUGUAGAGCAUGCGUACGAAGUCGAAAAGCUCGAGGCUGCUGGUUUCCGGUUUGCAGAUGUCAACCAGGUCUGCGGCAUCAUCGGCUCCAGCAUGCAGAUCCAAACCCGGAAUCUGGCCGGGAAGCUUGCGAGCAUGGCUACCUAUGCCGAGGACAACACCAUGCUGGAGCCUGGCGUCCACAUGGGCUUUUUCGCACUCAAGGCCACAGUCAACUCUGAUUUUGCUUUCGACAUUCUUGUUAGAAAAGGCGCACGAAAUCUGCUCCCGUCUCAACAACUCCCGCUCGAUCAUCUGGAAGAAUGGCAAGAAAGCUUUGUGCGGCAAUUCGACCGCACGAAUGUGCUCGUCCUGCUGCAGCGGCUGGACUCCAUGCAAAAGCUCACGCCAAGAGAGAUGCUUUUUGCAUCACAGCUGUACGAUGCGGUCGAGUCACUAAGAGCAUGGGUGGACGACCCAGUCUUCAACGAUGCUCAUCUUGUCGCCACGACAGUCAAGGUACCUUGCCGCGCAAGGACAGGCACAAACACUGCCAUGACAUGCACGAUGAUUACGCUGCAGCUAGUUGUCCCGAUCCACACCACGGUCCAUAGCCCAAAGUGCGAGUUUAUUCCCUUGAACUUUUUCAAGGCCAACCAGCUCGCUCACAAGGAUUCGCCGUAUCACGCCAUUUUCUCUCGUCACGUACACCGGGAAGUAUCGCCGAUUGUCAGCCAGGCCUUACUGAACGCCCCGAAUCGUCUCGUAAUCACCUCACGCAAGAGUCUAGGUGCCAGGGCUAAAGCCGCAGCCCUACAGCGUCUCUUCCGCCCACGCGCAAAAUCUCACUCCACUGUGAGCGAGGGAAGCGAUUCAGCCGCGCCCAGAAGAUCAUCAAAUGCCAGUACCAGCUCGACGCUCAAGCUGUGGGAGCAGAACAGCAACGACCACAAGAGUAUAUUCAAGAUCCCCACAUCUGACCGAGGGGACCAACACCACCGCGGCGGCAAGGGGGCCCAGCAGCAGAGGUCCGAGUUUGGGGGCAUCAUGGUGUCCCAAGAGAUCAAGGUUGACGUCCGUGUGGCUGGGACGUUGCCAUCGCCA